CAAACAUCGAAGCAGGCAGUCAGCAAUCUCAGACUGCACUUUCCAGACUUCUGCCUUCUACUGGAGUCUCUUCCCCAAGAUCUGCUUAUUCCACUAUCAUUACCUCCUGUGAAAUCCAGCAUCUCACAGAAGCAAAGAACACAAGAGCAGGCAGUCCUACAAGACAACGGCAGGCAGUCCUACAAGAAGAUCACAAGCCAUUCAUUUCGACGAUAUCAUUAUCGCCUCCGAAAUACGUCUCACAGAAGCCUACAAGACAAGACUAGGGCAGGCAGUCCUACAAGAGAUUCACAAGCUAUUCAUUUCAAAGUCCUCAAGGCAAGAUGAACUAUACCAUCUUUUUAGACAAAUCAGCUACUGCUCUGCUUUACCAGAAUUCAAUGAUGAAUAAAUGUGGACAUCUCCCAGAUAUAACUCCAUUCCUUGGGACUUCAUAUAGUCUGCUGAUAUUUUUCUGCUUGCUUGGGAACAGCUCUCUGAUAUAUGUUAUCUGCAGGAGAAAAGAGAAGGGAAAUGUCACACACAUUCUUAUUGCCAACUUGGCCUUCUCGGAUUUACUGGUUGGAAUUUUUUGCUUGCCCUUUACAGUGGUCUACACUCUUAUGGACUAUUGGAUGUUUGGUCGAUGCUUAUGUAAAAUUACCAAUUUUAUUGGAUGUGCAUCAGUUACCGUCUCUGUCAUGAUCUUAGUCCUAAUUGCCUUAGAGAGACACCAACUUAUUCUACACCCCACUGGUUGGAAGCCCAGUGUCCCUCAGGCCUACAUAGCUGUUCUACUUGUCUGGGGACUGGCAUGUCUUCUAGCUGUGCCAUUAAUCUAUGCCACAGACCUGAAGGAAUUAAACUUCCUUGCUAACAAGUCUGUAUGUGCUGAGUACUGGACAUCAGGCAAAGAGAAGAGGGCUUACACUGUAACCCUGCUACUACUGCAAUAUGUUAUACCCCUGUUUUUUAUCAUCUGUUGCUACGUUCGUAUAUCUGUGCACCUGUAUCACAGAGAGAGUCUUUUUGGAAGAAGCUACAAUCAUAUGAAAAGAGUGAAUCUUAUGCUAGCAUCAAUGCUUGGAGCAUUUGCAGUAUGCUACUUGCCACUUCAAAUUUUUAACAAUAUCGUGGAUUGGAACUAUCAACUGAUUUCUGUUUGCUACCAUAAUCUUAUCUUCUCAUUGUGUCACCUGCUUGCCAUGAUUUCCACAUGCAUCAACCCAAUAAUAUAUGGCCUGCUCAACAGCAAUGUGAAACAAGAAGUAAAGAUUUUGGUCCAGAGAUGCAAAGGUCAGAGAAAGAAAGGAUCAGAUACAUUGUGUGAGUCUGAAAAUCGUCCAUUAUCCAUCAAACUCAAUACUGUUGACACCAUUUUGCCAAGUUCACCAAGUUCACCUGAACAAGGCAUGUUUUAAGAGGGGAAAGAGCAUUCAUAUGGGUCACCAUUUCCCUUAAAGACUUUCUGACAGCACAAAAUGAACAGUAUACCUGUGCUUUACUGGUUUAUACAUAUCUUAGAGACAGACAAUGCAGCUGCUAUGGGGACCUUGGAGAUAGGGUGUCUAGACUCUAGAAGAACUUUCUAGUUUCCAGGGGGGCAGUAUGGCCUAAGGCAGUGAUGGAUAACCUCUGGCACUCUAGCUGUGGUGAAACAACGACUUCCAGCAUGCUCCAUUCAUUUCUAUGGCGUUCUGAGAACAGCCAAGCAAGUGUACUUCUUGGGAGUUGUAGUUUUACCACAACUGGAUUGCUGGAGGUUAGCCCUCACAGGAGUAAAGUCAAGGAUUGUUUAUAGCAAAAAAAAAAUGCAGGUCGGUCUGUCUUGGAUGCCAAAACCCAGCAUCAAAAUCAAAACUAAAGGCCUGAGAUAGUCAAUUUGUUCAAUGGAGACUUUAAGUGACUUCUCCACAGGACUAAAUACUUUUAUAGAAGAUAUGACUGUAAAGAUGAUUGUUGCUUACAUGGCAUGACUGUGGUCGAGCAUAUUGUGAACACCCCAUAGAAUGGUUCCUGGAACAAAAACCUGUUGGUCAAGUUGUACAGUAUAUUGAAGUACUGAGAAUAUUUUAUGGUGACAAUUGUCAUUUGGACAUAAAAGCAGAAAUAUCUGGAAGUCAUCACAUUGUUCCAACGAC